AUAAAUAUUAAAUAUCUGUGGCUAUCGAUGGCCGGCGCCCGGCAUUUUAAGAUCAAUGUGAUCAAUGAUGGCCAUUUCGUAUCCUAAUGUCAACGUCGAAGAAUUUUUGGAGUAAUAAUUUUAAUAAAUGGUGUUAGAUUGUGUACUGGCACUUUAAUAUCAUCCAAAGUGAGGUGUGUCGUGAAAUGCAUAGAAAACCCGUCAGCAAUAAUAAAGGUAACUUGAGCGCUUCCCACACUGGUCACGCAAGCGUCGACAGCAAUAAGAAAGGCAAUGCUAAUUCCAACAGUGACAACAAACUAAGCAACAUGGAGAGCAAGCAACAAGCGCAUGGCGAUCAUUUUGAAGGGAAGGAGGCCACUCCACAAGAGAAACGUAGUGCUGAAAACAGAGAUGAACGAGCUCAGUCAAGUAGUGGCGUGGUAUCCUCCACCCAAGAAGAUUUGGUUCCUAUUGGCAUUAUUAGCAAGAGGUCCUCCAUAGAAGGCAGCCAAGAAGUGGAGCCAGCUGAAGAUGAGUCAUCAAAACGGAAGAAAAAGAAAGACAAUGAGGAUAAAGAACUAAUGGGCAAGCCAGCGCCAGUAGCCCGCAGCAGUACAGGACGUAAUAAGCUGCCAUAUAGAAGAUAGCCAAGAUGCUGAGG